GCUUUAAGCCGCUCUUUGCUUUUUGCUCGCAGUCGCAGAGGCUUCGUGAGAUGACACUCACAGUCUUGGUGUCCUUCUCUUUCCUGGCGCUGGUCGUUACCGCGCGCCCUAUCGUUCCUAACGAUGACAGUUUCGAUUCUGCGUAUGUCCGCCCUGCCGAGGUGCAGAACGCAGUCCAGGCCAUCUUCGUGUCGCGCUUUAAAGACUCUGUACCAGACUGUUUAAAUUGCGACGAGGAUGACUUCCACAUUCGUCUGACUUCCGCUCAAGAACAAGACGCCUAUCUCUCACAACUUGACGUCGGCGCCGUGAAGGCUCUCGUCCCUCUUGGUGACAAUGGUGUGUUAAGCGAAGACGAGAAACGGUUAUACGAGAUGUUGGGCGGGUCGGAGACUUUGGAGGAUGUAGAGGGCGACGGAUGGCCUUUGGCAGUGUCCGAACACGCAACUUCUGAUGUAUCGGCAUCGCCUGAAGUCGUAGAUGGAAGGGGAUCCGAGUUAAGUGCAGCAGAAGAAAUCGUCGACAGCGAAACACCACCAGAAUCUGUUAUGAUUCCAAAUCUCCCUGCCACGACCACCUCUCGCCCCUUGCUAGUUCUAGCUUUCUCCUGCACCGUCGCGCUCCUCGCUGUCUUUUGUGUCGGUGCCUUUCUCUACAUUCUUCAAACAACUCGACGUCAGAUUCUUGCUUGUCGUACAGCCUGGGAUCUCCUUCCCCAUUUGGAGAAGCAGCAGGCCGGGCGUUUUCUGCCCUCUUUUACCGAUGAGAAGCAAGAAAUUGUCACCAUCACGUCUGUUUCCAGUGACACUCUUCUCGAUUCCAUCAACGAGAAAGUAGGCGAUUUGAUCGACUUCGGGGACCCUGCGACGGUCCCGGAUGGUCAAGUAAACGAUUCAUCCCAUGAUACCCACUCUCCUUCCUUCAACGAGCUGUCGACACUGACGGCGAAUCCCCUCCUUGUACCUCUUCCUGCUUCACCCUCCUCAUCUCCACAUCGCUCAGUCGUCGAGAUCACCACCGACGUCGACCCUCACACCGGAACCCGUGUAGACCUCGUGCACCGCCCGGCUGCCGCGCCCCGUAUGCUCGACUUCGCGCUUGCGAUGCAGCUGAGACCCGGGUUGGGCAUAGGCGCAGAUCCAGCGUGGCUCGUAAGAUUCCUGAUGGCAUUCUUCGGUUGGGUUGCGGUAUUGGUGGGUGGUGUGGGUGGUGUCAGACAGCGGCCUGCGAUCCGAGUUUGACUGUAAUGGCAAGCUUUCUCUCCAAGUCCCCUGUAGACUUAUGAUUUCAAUUCAAAUUUUGUGUGCCUUUGCCUGCU